AUGUUCUCACGACCGUCACAAACUGGUACCGAAAUCACUGUCCCCGCAGUGUGGGGAAAUUUCCGCGCAAAAGUCAUGAAGAAUCCAACAUCUUCGCCAUGCCGAUUGCAAGAAACCCUCAAUGCUGUGAUCCAUGCCGUAUACUCCACCAUAAAUGUGACGGACUUUCGCCACAAUGCAGUCGAUGCGCCCGCACAGGUCGGGAAUGCAGUCGAGGUAAAAAAGAGACCAAAUUUCGACAGGCAAAAGGUCGGACGACGCGGACGAAAUUCCCUCGUGACCAAGUUUGGGUCCGACCACCACCUAGAGGUUGUUCUUCGAGUCUGGAUUAUUAUGGCCGAAGCUGACAUUCAACCGUUAGUUGACUUUAUACUUGAGUCCGGGAAUGGAGAAGCAGAGAGGUUGACUGAGGGAGCGACGGAUGAUCUGUCGCCUGCAAGAGAUUUCCCUAGUCAUGUCGGGCCUGUUUCAAUACCAGACAGACCCUCUCCUAGACCCUCAUAUACUCCUGUUUUGCCGGAAUUCGCCGGCCCAAGCAACCAGGCAUAUACCAGUGAUAGUGGCCAUUCACCACUCCCAGUGGUAGACAGACCUGAACGACCACAGCAGCGGCCAUGGCCAUUGAAGGACCCCCAGGAGGCACUCCUGCUGCGACAUUUCGUUGACGAGGUUGCCCCAUUUUUCGAUUGCACGGAUCGCCACCAACAUUUUGCAAUCCAUAUCCCCUUUCGUGCACGCCGUUGUGAGACAUUGUUCAACGCAAUAUUAGCCAUGUCAGCUCGCCAUCUAAACCGGACAAAAGAUUUCGACCCUUUUGUCUCGGACCAUUACUAUCAAGCAUGUCUGGAGAAAUUGAUACCUGCACUGGAUGAUCACGGAGUCACCAUGGAUGACGAUUUGUUGGCUGCCACGGUCAUCCUACGGCUGCUGGAAGAAUUUGAUGUCCCACUUGCAGGGGCUGAUAUUCGAGGCCAUUCAUUCGGCACAAAGGCUUUUAUCCGUGGUCCAGCAUUGAUGACCACCACCCCAAGUCUACGGAAAGCUGUUUAUUGGAGCGGUCUGCGCCAGGAGAUUUAUAAUGCGCUUAGUCUCCAGCAAGCCCCCGACAUUGAUCUGAGUUCCCUGCAUCUAAAUGCCGAAUUCAAUCCUCUAGGUCCCGAUGCAGGUGAUUGUGCAUGGGCGAACCAAGCUAUCGCCCACUGUGCGGACGUGUUGGUGUUUUGCUUCGGGGACGGACCUCGCUCUGAGGCGGUGCAUGCAGAGCUAAAGGCACAGAAUCAGCAAUGGAGUGAGACUCGGCCGGACUCUUUCGACCCGUAUUUUGUGGGUGAAGAUAUGGAAGUUGGGACGAAAUUCCCCGAUAUCCGCUUCGGAUGUCCCUGGCACGCAAUCGGCAAUCAAUACAAUCACCUUGCGCAUAUUCUACUCCUUGUACAUGACCCAAGUCUGCCUACCAUUGGACCUCUACGCAGGCGUUUUAUUCAAGAAGCGGAUGAUCAUAUCCGCCAAGGGGUUUGGACAGUAUGUGGCGUUUCCCUAUCCAAUGCCUCUGUUCCCCCAGCCAUGGUUGUCGGAUGCAUGGCUAUCCAUAUCUGCGGUGAUCGGUUCACAGACCCACAUGAACAGGACCUGUUGAUCCAUGUUCUCACCCAUACGGAUUCUGUCCAUGGUUGGCCAACCCAUAUGCUACAGCGACAGCUUCGAGAAACAUGGGCGAUGCGUUGA